AUGCCUUGCGGUGUCCCAGUUCCAAUGCGAUGUAUUUACCAGCAGGAGUAAUGAAACGGGGAGAGGGGCAUUUUCCGCAGCCUAUUGGUGAGACCGCAAAAGACUAGCGCACAGAGAGGAUAGACACAAACUUUCGGACAGUGAUACAAAACGUCAAUUAUCUCUUUUUUUUGGAGGCGUCUGUUGUCUUUUUUUAUCCCGUUUUCACCCAGCUGCCAAACGUUACUUUGUCGCAAUUCGUUGGAAGUGAUUUACAGGGCAAUGGUGAAGAAGGACACAUUUUGCGGAAUUCUCGCCUUUAACGUGUGUUUCCCCUCUAAACUUCACUUCGGAUAGGCAGCAGUGAGUUGAAUCCUCUUUGCACCUUAAAGAGAAGUAGCCAGAGGGGUUUCAGCUGCCCUGCACCACUGAAGCCUUCAAGAAUGUCGGGGCCAACACACCACAACAGGCCUCCUCACUUCUGACCCAACAUGGAGCUCAAGGUCUGGGUGGAUGGAGUCCAGAGGGUCGUCUGUGGGGUCACCGAGGCAACCACCUGCCAGGAAGUGGUGAUUGCUCUGGCUCAGGCCAUAGGUCGCACUGGGAGAUACACUCUGGUAGAAAAAUGGCGGGACACUGAGCGUCACCUAGCCCCUCAUGAGAGCCCUGUGGCUUCUCUGAACACCUGGGGUCAGUAUGCUGGUGAUGUCCAGCUGAUCCUGCAUCGCACAGGCCCUUCCCUGACUGAACGGCCCCCCUCAGAGGGACCUCCUCUCAGGGGGCCUGAACGUGGGCUGCAUCGGCAGAGCCUCCCUCCCCUCGCAAAGCUUCGUCAUCCCAACGAUCGCUCCCUCCGCCGCCGCGAGCCACGUCGCAAGUCUCUCACGUUCACCGGUGCACCCAGAGGCCUUAGGGAGAUACUGAGCGGAGGACGGGUUGGAGAGGCAGAAACCAAACGAAGACUUCUUCUGGGAAACGGUGGAAAUCACCACCAUGCAGGAGCAGCCAUUGGGACUGCAUCCCCUGGCCUGUGGGCCUGUCGCAUGGAGGAUCUGGUCAGACUGGUCGGUCUACAGAGGGAGACUCUGAAUGUGCUGGAGAAGAAGCUGGGAGCUUAUGAGGCUGAGCUCCAGGCCUGGGCUGAGGGGCGAGGGGGGCGAGGUUCAGGGAGCAGUGGGGACCCAACUGGAGGUGGAGGGCUGAUAGAGGAGAUCCUGAGGCUGGAGAAGCACCUGAGGAAGAAUGAGGUGGAGAUGGAGGAGGAGGAGUUUUGGGCCACUGAGCUGCAGAUUGAGAUAGAGAGUGAGAGACAGCUGGAGGAAAGGCUGCAGGAGCUACGUGGGCGUCUGCAGGACUGUGAGCUAGAGAUUGAAGAGAAGCUGGAAAUGGUACAGGGUAUAGAGGCAGGUCUGGAAGAGGAGCGGCUGCAGAGGGAGCGACAGGAGACCAAGUGGGUCAAUGAGGCAGAGGCUCAGGCUCAGGUCCUCAGAGUCAAAGCAGAGUUGAAAGCCCAAGAGAGACAGGCUGUCCAGCUGGAGAGCAGCUGCAGAGCUGUGGACAGGUCACUAGUACAAAGCAGCAAGAAACUGCAGGACAUGCAGCAUGAGCUGGAGCAGCUGACCAAGGAGCUGAGGCAAGUUAACCUGCAGCAGUUUAUCAAGCAAACCGGCACCAAAGUCACAGUGCUGCCAGCUGAGCCCACUGAGGAUGAAAGUACCAGCAACAGUCAUGGUAUAGAUUUAGUUCCCCUGUCUGGCUCCCUGAAGCGUCCCGUGUCCUUGCACCCCAUGUCCGGUCACCUCCGGGUCCUCCACAGCCCUCUCAGCUCUGGCCUGAACCCAGAGGGGAUCUAUGUUUGAGGCUCUGCUGCGCACUUCUGCUCGGAGGGAACACACCAGAGCUCCCUUUUAAGAGCCCAUUUCUCCCUAGAAACCAUUUGUAAGUGGAUAUCUUGUUACAGGAUACCUCAGUAGCACACCACUAUGCACUGUUGUUUCAGUUACCUGAAGGCAACGUUGAGUGUGAAGACCUGCAGUGAAUGAACAAUGCUGAUCUUUGAAUGGAAGUCAUGGAGCACUUGGUGGGAAUGGAAGAUGGUGUGAAGUUGUGGCGUGAAUAAAAAGCACGGCAGUGCCACCAUGUUUCAUGGCGCACUGUCUCUAAACAUGUUAGGACUUUCUAGACAUCAGGCUGUCAUGGACUUCCUUUAUAAACACACCCACUUUAUGUACUUUUACUCUCACUUUAGUACCUGCAGAAUGAUUUGUAUUGUUUUCUCACUUGCAUCAUGAUUCAAAACUAUGGCCUUUUGAGCAGUAUCCUUGAGAAUCUUGGUUUGUGAAUCGAUGAAUUAUAAUCCCUGAAAGCAUUUGUAAUUCUGCCAUGAAUACACUUUACCCAGCAUAAUGACUGGUUCUCAUAUAAGUAAUGAAGGAUCCACUUGUGUCUAUAAUAAAAACUAUAUCUAUAGAGUCUAUCAUUUUGUAAAUCAGAAUCUAUUCCCAUAGCUCUGACUUUCUGUUCAUGUUAAAUCUAUGCACAAAUGGUUGAUAGUUUUGUUACUGAAGAAUGUUACUGUCUGUACGUACCAAAAUCGUGACAUACUGUAAAUAUGUUUUCUUACUUUGUAGCUUUAUUUAGUGAAUUAUUAUAUUUUAUUACAAAGCGGUGCAUUCACAGUUACAGAAAUGCAGUGCACUCAUUCCUGCAGUAAUAUCUGCAAAACAAAAGUGUUAAUUUUCCACAUAAACUGUUUUUUUGUUUUGUUUUUUGUUUUGUUUUUUCUUUUUUUGUUUUGUUUUUUGUCAAGAUGACAACAUAGUAUAUUUUUGCCAAAUUGAUUGUGCUUGUUUUGCUGUUAGGAUCGGUGGCCAAAGAUUAGCAGGUCCUGUUGCAUGAUUGUGCUGUGAAUAUAGCCAUAUCUGGAUGUGUAGAGCACCCACAGUACAGUAAAAUCAGUUGUCAAUAGAAUCUAAAAAUGGUGGCAUGUAAUAUUACAAUGGAUCACUACAGUUACUGUGAGUAUGAGUGAGUGAAUCGGUGAUUAAAGGGACGUCUGUGUGUGUGUGUGUGUGUGUUCAGAGUCAACAAAGCCAAGGUGUGAAGCCCCUCUUAGACCGUAGUUCAGCUGCUAAUCACAGCAAAGUGCCUUUAUAUUGUUUCAGCAGUUGGUGGAUUUAAAUAAUGUACAGUAAAGCUUUAGUAGAGACAUUGAAGCAAUGAUCAUAGUCAGUAUAUGUUGGAAGCUGUAUUAGUGCCACAUUGCUGCACAGACACAAAUGACAAUAGCAUGGCAACAAAGAGGAAACUUCAUUUUUAUGUCAGUAUUUUGUAGAAAUGGAAAGAACAUUAUUGAUAGUGCUUUCCACUUUGCUACUGUAUUAUUGUCACUGUAAUACAACGUGCUGUAAAAUGCAUUCUCACUUAAUCUGAUUUAUCUCCUGUCAUGCACACAUACUGUAUACUGUAGUUACCAGUUUAGAUCAGUACUGUUGCCCAGGAAUAAAUAGAUGGUUGGUGUUAUACAAAAGGGAGGUCCACUAUGUACAAAACACACAAACACAUCACUGCAGUGUGUCUCUCUGCUUUUUUAGUUUAAGGAGAGUUUUUAAAUUCUACAGUUUAAACUAGAUCAUGAAAGUAUAAUGGUCUACAAAUUAUGGUGGAUUUUCCCUUUAAGAAACCACUUGUGUGCAUUUUCCACCCUUGGACAAGUCGUAGCUAUGGUCACUGUUUACAACUGUAUAUGUUCUAGAGAACUGUAAGAUGUCGACUGUACAUACCUGUUUCUAUUUUUUCCUGCCUUAAUAUACUGCAAAGUGUUGACAGAUGUAUGGCUGUAACUGGCUGCUGAUAUGACAUGGAUUGCAUGAUUCAAUAAAACAUCUGACAAAAUU